AUGGCGCUUGAGCUUUCCCGCAAAGAGCAUGAACAAAGACAGUCCACAAGUAGCAACCAGCAGCAUCAGUCGGUAAUAACAAUAUUUCAUGCUGAAAUAGUUUCUAACAAUCACUUCCGCGAGGGAUUCUUAAAUAAGCAAUCUUAGUAGUGAAGGGCAAAUUUGGCGUUGCUGAUUCUUUUACUCGUUCACCCCCAUAUUUGUAGACACUUUUCCAAAGUCUUCUGUGAAAACUUUGGCUCAAAAGCACCAACACAAAAUGAUCUCAUCCGCUUGCCUGUUUAACGGUUAGGUAAUCAAUUGCCAUUUCUAAUCCUUUGUGUUACAGCAAAGAAAAGCAUGACUUCCAUACGCUCACUGGAGUCGUAUGAAAUCAGUAUUUUUCAUUGCAACGCCUUCCUUAACUCGAGUGGGGUUCCAAAAAAGUACAGUUUUUAACCAUAAAAUGCUAUGUCAAUAAUAAUGUAUAAAAAUUACGUUCCUCUUUAAAGGAAGAAUUCCCAGUAAGACGUGGUCAGAACUACGAGGAAGACGUUGCUUUAUCACGAGCACUAGAGCAAUCAGCUCUAGACUCGUCAUAUGUGGCUUCCAAAAGAUCUGCCGGAUUGGAGGCCAAGGGUCAAGUUAGACACAUUUCUCUUGGCGGUAUGUUAUUAGUUUUAAAACCAAAUAGAUUUCUUCCCGCCGUUCUCUGCUAUUACUUAAAAUGUCCGCUUUCUAUCCGAUAGGUGAUGUUUUGUCAAAAACAGGAAAUCGACUGGCAAUACCGCUUUGCCUUCCGAACAAUUGUAGAUGGGAUUCGAAGAAGAGUCAGUAUCUUCAAACAGGGGAGAAACGUCACUCGCUGUAUGUUGUGGAAGAAGCCCUUGAAAAGUUGAGGAAGAUUAAAGGUACGCUUUUCAAUAAGGUGCUUUAAUUGAGCGAUCGACCUGUUAAGAGUAAAAUAAAAAAGUUAGGUUUUCAAAAAAUCAUGGUUAAAUGAUAGAACUCAACAGAAUUGGCCUAUGGCACGGCUGUUAACAAAAGGACACGUACACUCUGUUUGAACGUAGAAUCGCUAAUUUUAUCAUAUACAUUAUAUCUUCUAGGUCCGGUAUGUGUAGUAUCUAUUGCCGGCCCAUACAGAAAAGGAAAGUCAUAUAUUCUAAGUGAAGGAUUUGAUCAGCCACAAGUAUUUCCUCUUGGACAUCACAUGGACCCUGAAACAAUGGGAAUCUGGCUUUGGAUUGUACCUGGAAUCUUCAAGGUUAAUUCAAAACUACCUGUCAUUUAAAUCAGUAAUAUUGCAAGUAGCCAUUCAUAUGAUAUGUUUGUAAUUACUUUAAAGGCAAUAAUUCUUAGUCAAUUUAGGAGGCUUUUUGUCCCCUUACCCCAUUGAACCCCUGCUACAGCAGCCAUGUGUCAAAGACGCACACGGAUAAAGGCAUUCUUCACACGCCUGAGAUGUGACGUCCACUAUACAACACCAAUCCUCCCUGUAACAUUUUUGUUUCCUUUCUGUGUGCAUGAUAAUGCGGAGGGGAAUGGGAGUUGGGGACCAUUAGGAAAGAAAAUCACCCAGCCCUCGACAGAGUAAGCAAAACGACUAGCAAAUUGCAAACGGUGAUCUUCUACUGUCCUAACUCGUACAAAACUUACCCACGUGUUUUUGUGCAUUCUUAAUAUGCAUGAUUCCAUUGAUGCUUUCCUCUAGGACUCCAGGGGCCAGAGGUUCACCGUGGUAUUACUUGAUUCCGAAGGAAUUGACUCUGUUACCGGUGAAGGACUCGAUGACAACCAGAUUUUUACUUUGACAGUAUUGCUGGCAUCGGUUCUAAUAUACAACUCACAAGGUGUUCCUACCCGGCGGGAUCUCGAAGGACUUGAGUAUCCUUAAACAUGAUAUUAAGUAUUUAAGUCUCAUAUUUUUCGUAUGCAGGAUCACCCUACCGUGGCACUUUUAAAACAUUUUUGAUUUUUAUUGGUUAUGCACGAUAUAAGAUAUGAUAUGUAUAUGAUGUAUAUCAAUGAUGUGAUAUAUUUUUAACAGUUAUUCCAUUAGUGCGCGUUGGAUGUGAGAUGGUAGAGGCCAACUAGGCACGUAGCGCCGAGUUGCCUAUAACCAUCUCAUAUCCAACAAGCGCGAGUGAAUAAUCUUUUAUUAAAAACGUCCAAAAAAUAUGGAGAAUUCUUCCCGACUUUAUUUGUAAAACAACCGAUUUUCAGCUUGUUCUUAAUUUUGAGCAGACGCGUACAGUUACCAUAUCUGGAGAGCAUGGUAUAAUGGCUCAUAUACCAUGAUGGCUAAGCCAGUCAAAGCUCUAAAAUUGCAUUAUCCAAUAAUCAGGUUUUAAUAAAUAUAUAACAAUUAUUCACUGUAGUGGAGCUGGCUAGUGGUGGUGGAUAUUUAAAACAAUUCUGAAAAAAAAAUUAUUAAAUUUAGUUUUAAGCUUAUUUAUAAACAAGUCAAAGUAACGCAAGACAUUGUAAACAAAAAACUUUUUCACCUGUUUUAUCGAUGAAUUCAAGUCAAAGCUUUACCUGUUAAAACUUCCAAACCGAACUUCGUCACCUUCUUCGUGUAUGUCGGGAACAGCUUGCUUGAUUACUUGUGAAAUUUCUUUGUUUCAGUACGGCAGCAAACCGGGAAGGCAUUUUGCUCGCAACUUACGUGAGUUUGGCGUCGCUCGCUCAAAGGAACUGGAGGUGCAUCAGUGAAUAGUGCAGGAUAUUCACUGAUUUAGUAGCCAACCAGAGCGCGCGAAAAACACUAUCCCCUGUUUUAGUGUAUGCUAAAUAUAUUUAAGCAAAAGACCACGCUUUCUAUGGGUUUACCUGCGUGAUAGCCCAUGCGGGAUGUUGGGAGAACACGAGAAAAGCUUGUAAAUCACGAGCCGAAGAAUGUAGUUUUCUUUAACCAUUACCCAGGUUUAUUGUUAAGUUAUCCCAGCGCAUCGAGGUACGAUCAAAAACAAAAAGUGUUGCUGGAAAAAGACACCAGGACUCAGAGUUUUUUCAUAAAACAUUUCCUUUCUUUAUCUGGCUGCUGCGAGACGUUGCCCAGGAAAUCCCACGAGAUUGUCGCAACAUCAAGGACUACUUUCUCAAGAAGGUAAACCUAUACUUAAUAGGUAAUAGCUAGGAUGACGCAUUUAAAAUUACCAUAGGCAAAAUGCGUGACGAUGCCAAGAAUCGACUGAGAUGUUGCAGUGAUAAAAAUGCAUAUAGGUAGAUUGGCUAUGUAAAGGUUAUUGGAAUAGUAAGUUAUGAUUAUGGUAAUUUCUGGUUUGGAACCCAGCAAAUGAAGAUUUUCUUACCUUUUUUACACAGAUUAGUAAAAGGUUUGCUUCUCGUUAGGCUAAUCAUUUUCAGUUUCAGGUGCAUAGUUUAGAAAGAAGUGUAAACAUUUUUAACAUAUAUUUGAGUCAUAAUUUUUGCAAAGGCCUGUUGAAGUGCUCUGCUAUUUUCUGGAGCUACAUCGGGUCCGCCACCUCUCUGUCUUAACAUGACGUCAUCAUCCAAUAAUUUUCCUGUUUUUUUUUAUGAUAAAUGAAUACAGAGCUCCAGUUAAAUAAUGGAAAAACUAUUCCAAAUCCUCAAAUAUUGAUCAGGGCAAGCUAAUGGGGAAGAAAAAGCCGGGUAAAUUAACCCUAUUCCGACUGGCCUUGUUUUUCUUCAUGCGACCGAAGGGGCGGAGGAGAGGGUGCUCGCCCCCUAUAACUUCAAAAACCGCUCAUGCUAUGUCCACCAUAGUUACACAGAAUAAUGUACUCAUCGUUUUCAACUUCUGGGUAUAACUUGAUGGGCAUAAUGACGUUAUCUGACGUGACAUCAUGAUCAUGACGUCAUAAUUCUGAAUUUAGAUAAUUCAAAAUGGCGGAUCCAAGAUGGAGGAUGCUUUCUGUUCCUUUUUUCGUAAUAAAUGACAUGACAUUAUCAUGACAUCACUGUAACUGUUAAUGAUCAUUUAUGUGUUAGCUAACUUCUUGACUUUAUCAGAAACCUUACUAUUUAAGUAUUUUUCGCUUAAUGCCUACUUUGAGGGAAACUUGAAUUCCGCAAAUAUGUUCAGCAUUAUGAAGUCAUGAUGGCGUCAGAUUAAAACCCCUAUAAAUCUAGGUAUUCUUAAUAGAAAAAGUGAUCCGCGUUUAAAAGGAUGCUGAGCAACAAGCAAAAAGAUCUGCAAAAUGUGAAAUUUUGAAGGAAAUGAACACGAUUGAAAAUUUAAACUCAGCAUCUGCCAUUUGAUCAUAUUAAACUUUUUUUUUUCAUGCUAGUCAUUAAAAGGCCGAGAUUUCAUUAAAACUUACAAUAACUUUGAUUGAAUGAUGCUAAAUAAAGUGUAAUAUAACAAUGCAGUCAGUAAACAGUAAAAAAACUCUGUUGCCAUGGUAACGUAAAUAUUGACGCACGAUAGCUUGAUAAUAUCCCAAGAUAAAUUUUAGGAAAAGGUGCGAAGAUUGGUGGUCAUAGCUUGAACGGUUUUAAAGUAAUUUAGUUUUUUGGAGAGGGUUGAAGCCCCCACGGUCUGAAUAGGGUUAAGCCAAUAAAAAAACGACGAAAUAUUUGAAUGUGUUAUGGGCUUUUGGUGUGGACAUUCCCAAUAUCUUUUUGUAAUUUACCUACGAAUUAAAUAAACGUUGACAUUCAUUACACCUUCCGUGAGAAAAAUUUUCCACAUCUGAACCGUUUCUGUAAUUCCGAAUUUUCUGUGAGGUCUGAAAUGACCACUUUUGAAAUACAUAUCUUAAUUUUUUGCAGGUUUUUAAGGUCCAUGAUUCAUCCUCUGCAUCUCCGGAUGACCAGCAGAAAGUUGCUGAAAGCAUUUUAAGCUUUUUUCAUGGUUUCGAAGCGUUUACUUUGCCAUCUCCCACCGUUGAUCCAGAGAUGCUAAAAAGCAUCAAUGACAAUAGAAGGCGGAUAAAUCCUUUGUUCCUGAGUGGCUUAGAGGCAUUCAAACGGCUACUGGGAGACGUUUUGACUCCUAAAAAGAGUUUCAAUGAAGGAGAGCUGGUUGCAGGAGAAGGUAUAUAUCUGUUACUAAUCUGGAAAAAAGGCGCUUUUCUUGAUGCCUUUAGAGUGAAACGAUAAACUGAAAAAACAUCCGUAUCUGUCGGCGCUAAUUAUACAGAAGGGUCUGGAGAGAGUUUAAGAAUGGGGAUUGAGACUGGAGCGCGCCUCGAUUGAGGGAUUUACCCUGAUUCUGGUGACGCUUUAACUCCUUGCCUAAGCGACUUUGAGAAAAAAAAGAAGCGACCGUUUAGCGGUCCAGUGAAAAGAACGCUUGGAAAGGCAGUUGCAUUCCCAAGCUGUUGCUUUACCAAGAAACUUUACGUCAUAGAAAGUGCAGCGUACGCGGUUAUAUUCCGAGGUGUUUGUGUCAAGGCUCGAACGAGCGAGGUACGAGCGAUUGAAAUAGUUUUCUUAAUGUAACACAUAUUACUAAGAGCAAAUCACAAAUAGUAGAACCAAGUGCAAAUUUAAUAGCAAUGCAAAUCUCGCAGCACAUCUUGUCCUCAUCGUUCUGAACCAAAGAUUCACUUGCAAAAUUUUAAUCUAGUAGGUACAUUACAAAAGACAGACCUCAGCGACGUGCGUUUCUAAUAUUGUUCUCCGUCUUUCUUUCGAACUUGAAGUAGAAAAUAUACCAUUAACACGUCGAGAUCUCUUGCAUCAAUAUUUUCGAACUCUCUGGGCUCGUUCCUUGAAAAUUAAAACUUUUUCAAGAACGAAACAUCUCUCUGUGUUUUGCUUAAUUUGUUCUUGUUUUCUUGAGCAGCGGCACAAACUCUUCUAAGGAGUAACCAACCAACACAAACCUGUUAAUAGUUUUCUUUCGUCCCCGCCAUUUUCUGUAGAAAAACUUGGAGGCGCCUCUAAAAAGCCGCCAAAUCUGGAAAGCCAUUUGAAUGCAAACGAUGAACAACUCUGAUUGGCUCAAAGGUAUUUACGCUGUCGUUGAAUGGCUAUACUUCCACUCGUGAAAACAGCUGUACCGCCCAUUCUGAUUGGCUGUAUAAGCUUUUGUCGCUUGUGAAAACGUACAAAGGGUAUAAAUUUAUACAAAGAAGCUUUAAGAAACAAAGGUCUCGGAAUACGUGUAAUAAUCGCAAUUGUUUAUUCCAGUGGCCUGAAUAAAGUUCUGAUUUAUUGUCAUUUUCCAGGUCUCGCUGCAUUGGUUCAGUUUUACGUUGAAGCAAUUAAUAGUCCAGGAGUAAUUCCUAAUGUCCAGAAUGCCUGGGAAGCCUUUGUGGAGAUGAAGUGUUCCGACACUAUAAAAAGAGCCCUGGAAACUUACGAAAAUGUUAUGAAGUCAAAGCUGAAAGGCAAGCUUCCUUGUGAUAAUGGCGAACUACGUAAGGUACAUGGAACUGCAUUUGAAACAAGUGAAGCUUACUUCAUGGCAGAAACAGCGGGAAUUUCCACAAGCACCACUGAAACGUAUCUAAACAAACUAAAGGUUCGUUUAAAAGAAGUAGUAGUUCAGUGACCAGUAUUUGUUUAUUCUAUUCAGAUCAGGGGUGGGUUGGGUUGUUGUUAGCAGGGUUGAAUGAAUGCGGAGAGUCCUGUUUUACGGAAUGUUUCACUAUCCUUGAUACCGCCGCCUCUGGAUUCCAGUUAAAGAUUAAGGAGGCAAUAGAGAAACCUAUUCUAAAUCAAUAGGUGAAACAUGUAAACUUGUCACUUUCCAUGUAACUUAACUGAUAUUUCUGCUAUUUUUUUUUCUCCUCGUUGUUCUUUUUUCACAUUUAGCUUCCACCGAAAUCGCUGUAAUUAGCAUUUUCAAAUUGUAACUACUUCUCCAACUUAAGAUAUUCAAAUUGUAACGAGCUUCUACAACCGAAGAUGGCAUAAGUUUGCCGGAACAAUUGUCUUGUAAAUUGAAAACUGUAGAGUUUUUUUUUUAAAUUAUUGUGAAAAUUUCAAAAUAAGUUAAGCUACCUAUUAUGCAGUUUAUUCUUAUAACAGUAUCCAAUUAGAACAAUUUUCCGUGUAAAAUAGCUCCACGCAAUCACAAUUAUCUAUAGUUGUGACCUCUCACGUGAAAACGCUCACUAACGGCCCUGUUAAACGGGUGAAUCGCAGGGCUACUACCCCGCGAGCAGAGGUUUGGCUUUAAGCGUUUACGAAUGCGUUGGUGUCGCUUGCCGGUGAGUAAUCUCGUAGUUGGUUUGUCUACGUAUUAAUAUUGAAAGUGAAGAAUGAUCAUCGCGGUAAAUUUCUCUUUUUAUUUAUUUAAUUUUAUUUUUUUAUUAUUAAAAUUAAAAAAAAAUCGAAAGCCCUGGUUACAAACGGCUUACUUAUCCGUUCGAACGAGGCCAUCGAAUGGCUGAACGGAUUAUUAAGUAUUCCGAAGAAUAUGGAGAAGUUCCUUAGAAACUGAUGUCCGGGUUCAGUUUGUCUAUUUUUUUCUGCUGGCCAUUCCCGGUUUUAAGCGUCCUUUUUCUUUUGUCAGGAACUUUUAAGUGUGAAGUUGAUCGCAUGGCAGACCGAGAAUGCGAAGUUAACAAGAGAAUUAUGUAACGAUCUACUUACUCAGCUCAAACAGAAUCAUCUGGAUCCAGUCCUUCGACGACUGCAGGGAAAAGAAGCGGCCAAAAUGUCCUUUGAGGAGGUCAUUGCCGGGUACAAUAAGAUCAAAGAGGAUUACUACAAUUCCGCAAUUGGUGCCAAAGAUGUUAUUGCUGCUGUUUUCUUCGAAUUCCACCCAGUAAGACCCUACUUUACUAAUUAGCACUUUUUGAUAGUACUAUGAUUGGCUUUUCUUUCGCUCGUAAUUCUACAAGCAACUAAGCAGGAAAAAGACGUGAUUUUGGUGUAAUCGUAGAAUUAUAAUCGAAAGAAAAGUUGCCUUUGUCUACACUCUUAUAGAUUAUAAAAAUAACGUUUAAACGCCCUGAAAAUUUUAGCCUGAUAUUGAAAAAAUGACAACAUUACCAGCCUAUGCAUCGUUUAGACCAUUAGCACAGACGCAAGGAUAUAUGUAAGCUUUUCUGAUAGGCGGGUUCCUUUAGGGUUUCUUAUAAGCCUCACGAUUGGCCUAUUUCGUACGUGUUGGUGACGGUUGGGCGCAGUGACAUAUCAAAAUUCACAAAGAGGUUGGCAAGGAGCGUAUACUGUGAGCAAGUAUUCUCGAGUAUUCUGCCAUCUAGCUGACAGUUCUAGCGUCAAAAUAAUAAUGAUAAUAAUAAUAAUAAUAAUAAUAAUGAUAAUAAUGAUGAUGAUGAUGAUGAUGAUGAUGAUGAUGAUGAUGAUGAUGAUGAUGAUGAUGAUGAUGAUGAUGAUGAUGAUAAUAAUAAUAACAGCAACAACAACAAAAUAUACAAUGUAGUUAUUCAGGUCAAAGCAUUUCGAAGAAAGCCAAAGAAACUGAGGUUAUUUAGCCACAAUAAAGAGCUUAAGGGUUUAACAGAGGUAAAAGAAUCAUUUAAUAGCAAACUGCCUCUGUGAUAAAAUCCUGUCAGAAAACACCUGAAGUAACGUAAACCACAGGAACUAAUUACUCAAUAUGCAUGGAACAGACCAGCUUUAAAACCUCCAAAAAUGAGAUUACUCAAAGGGGCAAAAAUAAGAUUUGCUCAGUCAAAGUUUAGAAUAAUCUAAGCAAAAAGAGAACAAGAAAAACCUCUGUUGUUCAAGGUGACUCUAAUGUCACGUUUCACAAUAUCACGAGCUCAUUCUCUCUUGCCACGAACUAUGAGUCGUUUUUGGCAUGUCAACACUUUAUUUCAAAACAGACUUAUCACAAACUGCGUAAGAAACUAGCUAAUCAAAAACGCCGACGUAUGUCUUUGCGACUCUGCAGGAUUCUCAAGCAGGAUUCGAACACGAUAUUGUGCACGCAGACGCAGACGCUCUAUGCAGGGGUUUAGAGUGUCUGCGACACAGGCUAACUAGAAAGUUGAUUCCCAUUUGAAAUAUAUUGUUUGGGGCCAGGGUCCUCUAUGUGAAAAAUGGCUAUGUGUUUUAAGAAGGAAAAACAAAUUUGCGUCUUAAACCUGGAUGGCCAUUUUCUCACUUUAAGGCAUUUUGAAAGACCCAGAAAUGGACGACAACCACAGUUAGCCGUCGAACCUUCCUUGCUCGAAACUAGAUCCCAGGAAGAAGUGAUCGCAUUUUUUUUUAGUUAUUGGCAUGCGCUAUUUGACCUUUAUUUUUCGUUCUUCUUAUCAUUCUCAAAGGCUCUUUGUGAUCACUUCAGGAAUUGAUGAACCUUUUUUUAUAUUCGUUGUGUGCCCAGCCGGUGGUAGUGGAGUUUUGAACAAGAAUUUCAGAUAUUGAAAGCGGAUGCUCACGCGCAGUAUGCUUGAUUUGUUUAGAUAUCUUAUUCAAGCGCAUAAACUAAUUGUACGUCAGGCUGACCUGAAGAAUAAAGUCCUUUCUCUAUUUUAUGGCAUGGCAUAUCAUAGGUUUUAAGCUUCUCCCUCUCCUUAUAUCAGUUGACCAUUUUAGCAUUCUAGUGGAAGCCUUAGAACUGCUGCCAGUUUUAACUGAUCACCCUUGACAGUAAAACACCUCUUGCCAGCAUUACGAAAACAAAGCAGGAAGACCUGUUGUCUUCUUCUUUCAAUCCAACUCGAAAUCCGAACCUGCUAUUUCAAGCAUGCAUUGAUUGGAAAAAAUAGACGUUCAAGGCACCGACCAUUAUUGUUAGUUGUUUACGAGUGGCAAUAUUACCUUGACUAUUGUUUAUCUUCCAUACCAACGGUAGUUGUUUCAGUUGACCCUGUUCCAGGCUUUAAGAUGGUGGGGCGGAACGGAGCAAAGAAAGUUGAGCAGGGAUAACAGUAAGGUGGAAGAGUAGGAGGUGGGAGCCGUGGAACGCCUGUGGUACUUUUAAACAAACGCUCGUUCCGAUAUACUGGCUCAGAUUCUGUUAUACCCUAAGGCUUAGCCUGAAUUUCAUCCGAUUACUUUGAGCCGUUAUUACUCCCUCAGUAACGUCUGAAUCGACCGGCCGUUACUGCCAUCCAGUGACGUCACUACUUCUUUGUUUUAAUUCAUGGGAAAAGUAAAACACGAUUUUCAAGUGGCAAACCAUGAAACAUCGUUUGGAAAUGUCUACAUGAUGCUGAACUGCUUUACUCUUUUCGAUCGUAAUUCAUGUUUAACGUUCAUACUAUCAACUGUAUGCAGUACUCUGAGCCGGUUGUAAUUCAACAAUCAAACUCGGUCGCAAUCACGUAAUGAAAUAACUACACACACGGAACACUUAGUUCAAAAACACAGCAAUUUCAUUUAAUUGAAAAAGAAAUAAAGCAAGGAAAACAAAGCAAGCAAAAAAAGGAAAGCUAACAGAAUCAUUACACUUGAUGGUGGAAAUGACAAGAAGGUCGAGCUAUAACUUAAGCCUAAAUCUCCGCUGAAACUUCGCAAAAAAACAAAUCACUGGGGAAACCACAAAGCGGCUUUAAAUAAAAAACCUACCGACUCUCCGCAAUGAUUCUUCAUUCUUAGUUCAAGACAACGGUAAUUUUGCUGUUUACGAUACGAUUAUCAAAAUGUUUGAACUCCACGCAAGCAAGCCAAGGAUGCGAUCUACUGAGUAUCAAGCGACAAUCAUCACUAAAAUUUCUCAUAAUUAUACAUAAUGAUGCGAAUGUUUAGACAAUCAAGGAAUCAAAAGCACUACCCGGUUAUCGGGUAGUGACGUCACUGGACGGUAUUGACGGUCGGUCGAUUCAGGCGUUGAUGAGAGGAGAAAACGACUCGAGGCAAUCGGAUGAAAUUCAUGUUACCCUUAGGCUAUGAUAGGUUUAUUUUGACAGCUCUAGUCAGCACUCGAAGGUCCAUCACCUUGAUUGGAAAUGUGAUGCGACAACGCUAGAGAUAAAAAAAUGAGUUCGUCUUGAACGCGCGGUGAAUGUGGCAUGUUGCUAUUUCUACUUUUUUCUCGGUAGGCCCUUUUGAAAGAACAAGAACAAUAUUUAGGAUUGCUGGGACAACUGAAAGACUAUGAUGAGGUACUAACCCAGGAACUUGCAGCUAAGGCUUAUCAAGAACAGGAGAGGCAAAGACUUGAGGUAUCUUUUUUUUCUCUUACUUCCAUUUCUUUCUCAAUAAUAAUAAUAAUAAUAAUAAUAAUAAUAAUAAUACUGAUAAUAAUAAUAGUAAAAAUAAUAAUAAUAAUAAUAACAAUAAUAAUUUUAAUUUUAAUAUUAUUAGUAAUAAUUUUUUACAGGAGGAACAAGAGCGAUUGCGUCAAGAGAAUCUGGCAGUUAAAAAAGAGGUAAUACUAUGUUCGCAUGCAGUUAUCAUUAUAUGGUAUGAGUUACAUCACCAUUUCAUGUAUAUUUGGAUCUUCAACAAUGUUAACCGGCGGCUGGUAUAUCGAACCAAAAUGCCCACUGCGAGAGUUUGUCCGAAACAUACACAUUUGGCCGAGAUUGGAAAAUUUUAAUUUUUGAGGAAAAUCACAGAGUCAGCUAUAUUCCAUCAAGCCAGAAAGGAGUUUGAUUUUCCUGCUUCCAUUUGAAAUUGAGACUAACUCUGUUGACUUUGUUUUGCGACCGAAAAAUCGUAGGGCAAAUAUCGUUGAGGAAGGGUUAUAUCGCCCGAAACCAGUCCUCCGAUUGAGCACCACGUGAUCCAAAAAUAGCCAGCAAAAUCGCGCGAAAAAUAAUCGGCUAUAUAUCAGGGGCACCCAACGAGAAUAUGGUUCAAAACCACUUAAACAUAGCAUUGUUAAACGUAUUUUAGUAUUUAAACGGUAGAUAUAGGCAUAUUUUUAUCCCCUAAACAUUUUUCAUCUGUUCGGAUUUCCUAGCUGAGAGUCUAGUGAUCCGAAAAUUAUAGGGACCAAAACUUACCUUUUCGAAAGCUUCAGCCAGGUAAAAGGCUCCCGAAAAUUCUAGGUGAUCUUUUUAGGGUAAAAAUCCGUUAAAAAUGGGCAAUUAUACCAUUUUUUAGAUGUUCGAAAGUCCUAGGAGAGGCAGGCAAUCAAAAAAUUUUACAACAAAUGUUCCGAAAAUUCUAGAUCUCAAAUCGUCUUCCGAACAGAUAUUUUCCGAAAAUUGACGUUGGGUACCCCUGAUAUAUAUAGGCUAAAUAACCAAAAUGUGAACGAAACUGGAUUUUCUGUGUUGUGCUUAUUUACUGAGUUUACAGAGUGAAGUUUGGCAAGGGCGUUUGAAGAUCACGGCUCGAUAACAAUUCCAAUAGGCGAGAUUCGUAUUCCCGGGGCGCGAAAGCGAAGCUAAUGCGGGUCACUUCUCACGAAUAAGACAAACAAACAUGCUAAAACUGCAGAUGAGUUGCCGAAAAAAAAGGAAAAUUUGAAACGUUGAUAGGUUUUGGAGAUGUCAAAACUUACUUACAGGCUUGAGAAAUCAUUGUUUCAAACAGCAAAAGGAAAAUCAGCUCAUCAUCACUGAGAAUAACAACAAGUCUAACCAGAAAUUGACCGAAAUAGUGGUCGGUGAGUGAGUUCAAUAAAAACGCGAAGAUGGUUUCAAAACCUUAAACAAGGUAAUACCCUGAAGCCAUUUUGAUGUUAUUUUUAGUGAUGAUUAAAACGUCUUUAAGCCACACCUUCCAUUGGAGUGUAGUUACUUGUCGAAAGCCUUCAAGUUAAACUGAAACCUUCUUUUUAGUAGACAUUCUUUCAACGGAACGAAUGCAAAAUCUUGGUAUUUGAAAAAAAUAAUAAAAAAAAAAAAACCGACGGGGUAGCCAUUCUGCAUAAAUUCCUUACACUGUAAGGAAGUUAAAUCGGUUUAGACAAAGAUGACUAAAGUAAUAUGGGUUAUUUAAACAAGUUUAAAUUUAGCUUACAUUAUAUAUCAAAAUAUUCAGUCACAUAAAGAAAAACGAACGCACAUUUCACUCGACAAGAACUCGAACACAGAAUUUUAUACAAACGAUAUACUGAGCAGUUUAAACUCCAUUUUACAGAUAUACACUCUAAAUCAGAAAGACCUGUUUUAGCCCUAAAAACAGGGCCGUUUCGGUGAGUAAAAUACAGUCCUAUUUUUGGGUCUAAUUUGGCUCCCUUAAAUCAGGGCCAAUACAGUCCAAUUAGCUAGGGCUGAUUUGGUUCCAGGGCUGAAAUGGGCCCUACCGUGGGCUGGAAUAGCCUUUUGAUAGAGCUUUUUUGGCCUAAAUUGUGCUCAAAUGGCUCCAAGAAGGGCUGAAUCAGACUUUGGCCUGCAGGGCUGAAUUCACACUUCGGGGCUGAAACAGAUCUAUUAAUUUACAGUGUACACAGGAGAGUAAAAUGGAAUACUAAGAAGUAAGAUAAUUAAAGGGAGUAAAGUAUUGUCAUUUUAACACACUUUACCCUUUUCAAGCUUAAAAAGUUUACUUCUUCUUUUGGCUUUGUUGCUUUUUUCCUUUCUUCUGUAGCCUGCGUGGCAGGCGUUUGAAAGGGAAGGGAAAGGGAGUUUUAGGUGCGAGAGAAACGCGAGGGGGGCGCGAGGAGGGAGGGAGGGAAACGCCUGCCAGGAGACCAUUGUUUUUCUCGUUUUUAACAUCCACCAGGCGAAUGUUAAAAUCCUAAUUGGUCCGUCUUCAAAACAUGUCAAUCAUAGCCUUAAUACCUUAAUCAGAUUGGCUGAAAUCAACAUCACGCUGAGUAACUUAAUCGAUCUUUCAGUAAUCAUUUAAAAAUAUGCUGUUAGUGAGGCGUGAUGAGAUUUCUGUAUGGAAUUCAUCGCUUUAGAACGAUUAGAAACUGAAGCUAGGCAUCAAUGUCAGCUAGAAGAAAGCAGUUAAAAGACUCAUAUGAAGGAAAAGACCUGUCAGCUAGAUGAGUUUUGCUGACUGGUUUUGAGAAGUCUUGUCUCCCAACAGCUUGUUUUACUCACUAGAAGAAAGAAAGGAAAAAUCAUGCUGCCUGUGUGCUUGUUAUCUGCUGUUUGACCUCAAACGCUUACCACGCAGGCUACGCUUUAUCAACGACCAGAUUGUUGAAAACGAAGCGAUCUAUAAUCCUUAGCGGUUUUUGGUUUGAGGACUUCUUGCUGGUUAUAGACGUUAUAAAGUCGCCAGGAACUCCAGUGCGAGAGUCAGCGAAGUGUUUGUAAUUAAUUUCUCCGACAAACAUUGCAUGCAAGCUGGGAAGUCCAACACGACAUUUCAGCAAAAACGUAAUAGAUUUAAGCUGGAUUUUAUAUAACAAGCCACGCAUGGUUGCAACUUUCUUCCUUCAACAGACGACCGCAUUUAUACUUUUUCUUAAUAGUACCUUCACUUCAGAUUUCUUGUUUUAGGAAAACAAAAGAAAAACAAUACGCGAAAUACGACUUAAAUAAGCUCAUCGCGGCCAGACUUAUUUGACAGCUAGUCAUUCACAGUUGCGUUAUUUUUGCAUACAUAAUUAGUAGGCGGGAUGGCAAAAACAAUGGUUUCCUGGCAGGCCUUUCCCUCCCUCCCUCCCUCCUCGCGCGCCCCUCGCGUUUCCCUCGCGCCCCCUUUCCCUUCCCUUUCAAACGCCUGCCACGCAGGCUAUUUCUUCUGUUAAGUGCGAUCAUCUUUUCCCACAAUUUUGUUGUUGUAACAGAUGCCCCUUUGGCUUACUGGUAAGUUUAAGCUUUGAAAUCUUACUUCUUUUAAGUUUUCUAUCUUUUUCCAGCGACUCAGCGGCAAAUUACCUAUGUUUGUUUUUGUUUUCGCAAAAAAUUUGACCCGCGUUCGCCUCGCAAUCGUGCUCGUCCCAGGGCAGUCGGGGAAUACGAAACCUGCCUAUUCAACACGAACUCAUAGAAAGACCAAUUAUGAUAAGUUGGGGGUGAAAACAUUUAUUGUUAGUUUCAUGUCCAAUUGUAGAUGGAGAUGUUAGGGCGAAAACAGCAUGAGGAAAGAAAGAAGUUCAGCGAGCAGAUGAACAAUGAACUUCAGGCGCAGAGGGAGCAGAUGAACAACAUGAUGGAAGCAAAUAUGGAGCGAGCGAGAAAGGAGAGAGAGGAUUUUAUGCAGGAAAACCAACAUCUCAAGAAAGAGUUCCUGUCAGUUCAGAAAGCAAACGAAGACAACAUGAAAAUGAUUGAAAAACUCAGAGAUAUGGUGGCUAAGCAAGAGGAAGAGAAACGUCGUAUUAGUAUUGAAAUAGAAAAAGCAAAGAAUGCCAGGGACCAUGAAGACAUCAUGGCAAAGAUGGAGGCCAAACACAAGGAAGAACAGGAAAGGUUGCGUCGCGAUAUGGAGGCCAAGAUGGAAGCGAAUCGUCAGGCCUUGGCACAGGAAUACCAACAGGCUGCGGCAGAAGCUCGAGUGCAACAGUUGGACGAAAUGCAAGAACAACUCUACCAGGUGGGAAAACAGUUAGAAGAAGUUAAAAAACCAAACUUUCUUCAGAGGGCAUGGUCUGUAGUCAAAGAAGUAGGCGGUGCUGUGGUUGACGCUGGCGCUGCUGUUGUUAGGAAAGUGAAAGAUAAUUGUUCAGUGAUGUAAUAAAGUACAAGUACAUGUAUCAUUUUUAUGAUCCUUACAUUUUCAGUUUAUGCAAUUAAAAUAUUUUUGGCCCUUAGGGCCUCAGUUUGGUCUGGGCGGGCCCCUCUGCCCCUCCCCUGGAACUACCACUGGGUAUAAAAGCGUAGUGAGAAAACUGUGAGAAGUUGAUCUGAAGAAAAAAGGGAGAAAGAAGAAAGAAAAGAUGACGUGCAUUAAAGGUCACGCUUUUCUGAAAGCUUAACGCUUUGUCAGGAUAUAGAUUUUUAAAAACAGUGUUUUUAAAAUCAUUUCAAUUACAAUAAGUAGUGUCAAUCUGUCCACAGCAUCACAACCGAAACGACACUGGUCAAACAUCACUUUUACCACUGGGAUUUAUACAAGAAAGUUUCUCGUUUAUUACUUAGUUUUGAUUGUAGAAUGCUUUGUUUUUUUGUUCCAAACAAGAAUCGAAUAUCUGAGACUCAAUCAUAAAUGGUUAGCAGAGGAGAGUCCGCAAAACAGAAUAAAAGCUCAGAUAAAAAUGAUUGUGUCAGUCUUUUUGUAUUUGUAUUUGUAUUUUUCUUACUUCACUCACUGUGCCUAAAAGUCGAACAUUUCUUCGGGUAAGCUAUUUCAGAAUUAUGGUGC